AUGACCUACGCAUCUGGUGGUGCCUCUGAAUUACGAUAUGCAGUGACUAGUGACAUAAACGAUGACGGUCGACUCGAUCUCAUAGUUACUAAUCAAGGUACUAAUAGUAUAGGUAUUUUGUUUGGAUAUGGCAAUGGCACUUUUCUGAGUCAACUGAUUUUAAAUACAGGAUCCAACUCUCAUCCAUCGUCUAUGGCCUUAGGUUAUUUCAAUCAUGACAAUCAGUUAGAUGUCGCUGUGGCUUAUGAUGGUACGAAGAAUGCAGAUAUUUGGCUUGCCAAUGGCAAGGGAACCUUGAUGCGUCAAACAAGUGAUGGAGUUCGUUUUGUUUCUACCCCACUUUCUAUCGCAUCUAGUGAUCUCAAUAAUGAUGGACUAUCAGAAAUUGUAGUGGCAUAUAGUGACAGUGAUAGUUUAGAUAUCUUGGUUACAUACCAAAAUGUUUCUUUUACCAAUGGUAUACGAUAUUCAGCUGGUUCGUCUCCAAAAUCAGUAGCUUUUGGAGAUUUUAACAACGAUAAUCGACUGGAUAUUGUUGUCGCCAAUUCAGACAGCAACUAUACGAGUGUCUUUCUUGGAUAUGGCAAUGGCUCUUUUACUCAUCAAAGAAGAUAUUCAACUGGUUCGUCUCCAUACUCUGUGGCUGUUGGUGAUUUCAAUAGCGAUACUCGACUGGAUAUCGUUAUCGCCAACUAUUUGAGUGAUGAUGUGAGUGUAUUUUUUGGGGAUGGUAAUGGUUAUUUUUCCGAAGAAACCAGAUAUUCAACUGGCUAUCUUCCACGAUCGAUAGCUGUUGGCGAUUUCAACAGCGAUACUCGACUAGAUAUCGUUGUUGCCAAUUCGUACAGCGAUAAUGUGAGCGUCUUUCUUGGAAAUGGCAAUGGUUCUUUUGCCAAUGAUACAUGGUAUUCAACUGGCUCGGAGCCACAUUAUGUCGCCGUCGGCGAUUUCAACAACGACACUGAGCUGGAUAUCGUUGUGGUCAAUUAUUUUAAUCAUGAUAUGAGUGUUCUACUUGGAUAUGGUAAUGGGUCUUUUGCAAAUGAAACUAGGUAUUCAACUGGUCCUCUUCCACAAUGUGUAGCUGUCGGUGAUUUAAAUAACGACACUCGACUGGAUAUAGUUAUCGCAAAUUCUGGCAGCAAUGAUGCGAGUGUUCUUCUUGGACUCGUCAACAUAGGAUUUGUAAACGAAAGUACAAUCACAACAGGUAAUGGCUCGAAACCACGCUCUUUUGUCAUUGGUGAUUUCAAUAAUGAUUCCCGAAUGGACAUCGUUGCCGCCAACUCUGGUUCUAACAACAUUAGUAUUUUUCUUGGGCACGAGAAUUUGAUUUUUCUCAAUCCAACGACAUAUGCAACUGGCUCUAGACCUAUGUCGAUAGCUGCGGGUGAUUUCAGUAACGAUGUCCAACUCGAUCUUAUCGUUGUUAAUUAUGACUCGGAGAGUGUGAGUAUUUUUCUGGGGUAUGGUAAUGGUUCUUUUGCAACUCAGAAAACAUAUUCAACAGGAUCUAACUCCUAUCCGUACUUCGUAACUGUUGGUGAUUUUAACAACGAUACCAUACUAGAUAUUGUCGUCGCUAAUCAAGGUACUAAUAAUUUAGGAAUAUUUCUUGGAUAUGACAAAGGCACGUUCCCAAAUAUGAUUCUAUAUCCGAUGGGUUAUGGAUCUCUCCCAUUCUUUAUUGUGGUUGGUGAUUUUAAUAAUGACAGAAAGUUAGAUUUCGCCGUAGCCAAUAAUGGUACUGAUAGCUUAUCGAUUCUUUUACAAAAAUGUUAA